AUGACCAAGGCGAUUAGUACGGAAGAGAGGCACAGCGAAAAUGUCGGCUUCCUCCAAGCUCGUUGGAGAAGCCAUCCCACCGCCGGUACAUCUGUUGGGCUCCAGUCCAAGCUUUAUGCAGCAGGUUCCAAAAAGCUUGACUCGAGACCAAGACAUGCCGUCGACGCUGCGCGCGCUAGAUCGAUUGCUGCUGGUAUAGCUUCUGCUGCUGGGCACUCUGGCCGAAGUCUGAAGCAUGUCGGGAAAGCAGACAAGCCUCGCAAGAUGCAGGAGAGAGAUCCCCAGAUGCAUCAGCGUCGUGAUACUGCUCGUUAUCUGACCAAUUCUACCGCCAAGUACACCGUCAACGGUACAGGGAUUCCAGAUGUGGACUUUGAUAUCGGAGAGUCUUACGCUGGAUUAAUGCCAAUAUCAAAGGCAGCAAACGAGAGUAGCCAGCUCUACUUCUGGUUCUUCCCGUCAGAGAAUCCUGAAGCGAGUGACGAGAUCUUGAUCUGGCUCAAUGGAGGCCCGGGAUGCUCAUCUCUUGAGGGUCUUCUUCAGGAGAACGGACCCUUCCUCUGGCAAUACGGAACCUACAAGCCAGUCCCUAAUCCAUACAGCUGGGUCGAAUUGACGAACGUUGUUUGGAUUGAGCAGCCUACGAUGGUAGCCGAGCAGUUCCUAGGAUUUUGGAAGAAUUUUAUGGAUACGUUCGCCUUGCAAGGGCGUAAGGUCUUCAUUACUGGCGAAAGCUUUGCUGGUUAUUAUGUGCCAUACAUCGCAGACGCCAUGCUGAACAAGAACGACACGACCUACUUCAACGUCGAAGCAACCAUGAUAUACGAUCCUUCCACCUCAUCCGACCAAAUCCAAGAGCAAAUCCCCGCCGUCCAGUUCAUAGACUACUGGUCCGGCCUCCACCCCUUCAAUGACACCUACAACGCCUUUCUGCACAACAUGUCCGACUCCUGCGGCUACACCUCCUACCUAGAGAAAUACCUGACCUUUCCGCCCCCGGGUCCGUUCCCCGUCGAGCUCCCCGGCACGGACGAGAACGGCCGCACGACGGACGACUGCGACGUCUUCGACGCCAUCUUGUACGAGAUCUUCUGGCUCAACCCGUGUUGGGAUAUCUACCAGGUGGCGACUACGUGCCCGCAACUGUGGGAUGUACUUGGGUUUCCGGGGAGCCAGACGUAUCUGCCGGAGGGCGCGACGAUCUAUUUCAACAGGACGGAUGUGCAGAAGGCGAUUAAUGCGCCGCUUGGGAACUGGGAUGAGUGUUCGGAUGGGGUGCUGACUACGGAUAACUCGCCUCCGUCGGGGUUGAGUGUGCUUCCGGGGGUUAUUGAGAGGAGUAAGAGGACUGUUAUUGGGCAUGGGGCUCUCGACAUGGUCCUCAUCUCCAACGGCACCCUCCUCAUGAUCCAAAACAUGACCUGGAACGGCGCCCAAGGCUUCACGCAAAAGCCUUCCGACCCCUUCCUCGUUCCCUAUCACGAUGAUAUCAGUCCCUCCACCCUAGCUGGAUCCGGAGUCUUGGGGACAACCCACACAGAGCGCGGCCUGACCUGGGUCAGCAUCGAUCUCUCCGGCCACAUGGUCCCGCAAUAUGCCCCAUCGGCAUCUUACAGACAUCUCGAGUUCCUGCUUGGCAGGAUCGAUAGUCUGUCGUCGAAUGCCUCGUUUACGGCGAUGCCGUUCCAGCAGCCGGAUGCGACGUUUGGUAAUGAGACGGCGCAGCCGACGAAGAGGGGGAGGGGUGCUGAGUUGGAGUUUUAG